AUGGCCUAUGCCCCUGAAAAGGAAAAGAUCAAUGUUUCCACGUGCGUAGCCACAGAGAGCCCUCCAACAUCACCCUUUGCCAGUCCCAUAGAAAAGAGCAAUGGUGAGAAGUUACGGAAUCUUGUUAUUAAUGAGGGAGGAGCAGCAUUAAGGAAACUCCUGAAUACAUAUUACCCCUUUCCACUACUAGCUACUUCGCUCAGUCAACACAAACAAACACUAUUAAGUCUCAAACGUGAUAAGGUUCUUCAUAAUGAUCAAUGGGAAAAGCUCUUUCCACUUGAUGGAACGCAACCAGAUCGUGAGUCGUUUGACAUAACACUGCUUGCGAUCCUCUUAACCAACAUUUGUGGUUUGUCUCCUCCGAACACCGGAUGGAACAACAAGCCUCCUCCGAGCGACAAGUCAACAGAAGCAAAUAUUGUUCGCAUCAGGUAUUUUCGAAAUCUGCUCUAUCAUGCUCCAUCAACUGGAGUUCCCAUGCAUAAGUUCAACACCUACUGGGAGGAAAUUGCUGAUGCUUUGGUUGCCCUCGGAUUAGAUAGGAAUGAAAUAGAUGCCUUAAAGGAAGAGGAAGAGUUAGAGAAACUGGCAAUGGCAUCAUUGACUUUUGAGAAUUUCUCCACCGAUGGACACCGGAUGAAAGAAACAGACACAGAAGCAGAGAUACGAGAAAUGUUCAGUGUCUGA